AUGGAACAUCAGGAAAUUGUUGCAACGUAUAAAAAAGAGGGACAUUUUGAUGAGAGAAGGAAAGAAUGGUUUGAAUUAUUGGCCAAUGAUGGGCCGAAAAAGGAAAAAUUGUAUUCAUUGAUUAAGGAGAUUGUUCAAUGUAAAAUUGAGAGAGAUCCUGAUUUGCUCACUAGGAACAAGGGGAAAGUUGCUACACUCAUUCAAACAGAGAUGGUGAAGGCGCAUGUCCAUAGACAACGACUGAGAAAAGGGCCUCGUAUAAGUACUGGCACAACAAGUGAAGAUACAACCACAAGUUCAAGCACAACCACAAGUUCAAGCACAACCACAAGUUCAAGCACACGUGCAAAUACGAGUAUUGUUAAGGAUAGGGAGACAGAGCUGUUAGAACUCGUCGACACUUUAUUGGACGAAGUUGCAUCUGAUGCUCAAAGGACGUUGCCAGUGGAAUUCAAGGACAUUAAUGCUUAA